AUGGUUGCGAAUGAACACGCAAGAAUAAAAAAAAAUAUGUCGUUGUCUUCAACUUUAAUUAAAUUCUAUCUAUCUAUCUAUCUAUCUAUCUAUCUAUCUAUCUAUCUAUCUAUCUAUCUAUCUAUCUAUCUAUCCGGUAGUAGAUUCAUAUCUAUCAAAGCGGAAGUAGGUUCAUAUCUAUCUAUCUAUCUAUCUAUCUAUCUAUCUAUCUAUCUGGUAGUAGGUUCAUAUCUAUCUAUCUAUCUAUCUAUCUAUCUAUCUAUCAAACUGGAAGUAGGUUCAUAUCUAUCUAUCUAUCUAUCUGGUAGUAGAUUCAUAUCUAUGUAUCUGUUUAUCUGGAUUAGGUUCAUAUCUAUCUAUCUAUCUAUCUAUCUAAUUAUUUUCAUUUCUAUCUAUCUAUCUAUCUAUCUAUCUGGUAGUAGGUUCAUAUCUAUCUAUCUAUCUCUCUGGUUCAUAUCUAUCUAUCUAUCUAUCUAUCUAUCUAUCUAUCUGGUAGUAGGUUCAUAUCUAUCUAUCUAUCUAUCUAUCUAUCUAAUUCUUUUCAUAUCUGUCUAUCUAUCUUUCUCAUUCUGUUCAUAUCUAUCUAUAUAUCCUUUUAUGAAUCUAUCUCAUUCUUUUAUUAUCUAUCUAUCUAUCUAUCUAUCUAUCUAUCUAUCUAUCUCAGGCUCUGACUAUAUAUCUAUUGGAUACAAACUUGAGGGUGUUAUAGUAGAUAGACCAUUUAAAAUUUUUCUUUGA